AUGGCUAAAGGGAAAAACAAGCCGACAGAGGAAAGGUCUAGUGCCAGCAGAACUUCUAAUGGGCACAAGUCUAAACAACAUCAUACAAGAAAGGCUCGACAAGAAGCUGGAGCUUCUAAACCUGUGAGUGGUAAAUCCGCUUCAUUCCCUGCCAAAUUAGCCAUGUGGGACUUUGAUCAUUGUGAUCCCAAGCGGUGUAGUGGGAAGAAGCUUGAGAGACUUGGACUCAUCAAGAACUUACGUAUAGGACAAAAGUUUCAAGGGAUUGUUGUUUCACCUAAUGGAAAAGGUGUAGUAUGUCCUAAUGAUUUGGAGAUUGUGGAGACCAAUGGAGCAGCGGUGGUUGAAUGUUCUUGGGCAAGAUUGGAUGAAGUUCCAUUCAAUAAGAUUGGUGGGAAACAUGAGAGACUUUUACCAUAUUUGGUGGCUGCUAAUCCUGUUAAUUAUGGUCGUCCAUGGAGAUUAAAUUGUGUUGAAGCUUUAGCGGCAUGUUUUGCUAUAGUGGGACAUAUGGAUUGGGCAGAAAUGUUAAUGGAUAAUUUCAGUUGGGGUUCGGCUUUCAUUGACAUUAACAGGGAUUUGUUUGAAGUGUAUCAAGCUUGUACUGAUUCAGAAAGUGUUACGAAGGCCCAAGAGGCAUGGUUAGACAAAUUAGAUGAAGAGAAGAAGAAGAGGAAAGAGAGGAAGGAUGAUGAUGAUAUUUGGGCUAAGGGCAAUGUCAACCGAGGUUCAGAUGACGAAGAUGACGAUGAAGAUGAACAAGAUGGUGAUGAACUGGAAGAAGAAGAAUACAACGAAGAAGAAUAUGAAUAUGAAUACGAUAAUUUGGGUAACAUAAUACUGAAAGCAGACAAUAGCAAAGACCAAUACUCAGGUAGUGAUAAAGAAAGUAUAGAAUAUGACGCUUUAGGUAACAUCAUAGAGAAACCUAGUGAUGAAAAGUUUGACUCCUUAGGGAACAGAAUUGAAAAGUUACAUGUUUAG